AGGGCAGCACAUUCCCACCUUUUCCCCUCUGCAUCCUCCCAGCCCGGGAUGGGGAGCAGGGCUUUUCCCUCCCUUCAGUCCUUGGCUGGAAUCCUGGCCCAUCAAUGUGAAAGCAGUGAGGAGCUCUCCUGGAGCCUCUCCAGGGCUGUGCUAUGGCUUAUUUGCCAUGUGGCAAUUUGGAGGUUUUGUCCUGCUGGGGAGCAGUUCCAGCCCUGAGUGCCGGUGUUUGCUGCAGCUCCUGUUCCAGGCUGGCUGCUCCAUGCCUUCCCCUCUCUCUGUGCUCUGCUGUGCUUCCAGGGCUCCUUCCUGCUGCUCCAGCAUGAAGAGCACCCGGAGCUGCUGCUCUGUCCCGAGCUCUGACGUGGCAGAGCUGAUCCUGACGGGGCUCCCGGCGCCGGUGUCGCGGCGCCCUGGCAGCGCCUCUGCUGCCAAGCUGGUGGCACGCUCCGUGUCCGUGGCUGCUGAUGGCAAAGCCAAGAGGAACGCCACGGAGGAUGCAGGAUCCCGGGCCAUGAACAACCUGCGCAGGUCCAACAGCACCACCCAGGUGAACCAGCGGGUGAACAGCUCCCACAGCUCUGAGCAGACAGGAGACUUCCUGGCCUUCUUUGAGGGUGACCCAAUAGGAAGGAAGAAAUUGGCAGCUCUGAGCAAAACCUCCCCAGAAAAGAAAACCACCUGGAAUAUCUUGGAUGACCAGCCCCGAGUGUUCCCGGGCCCCUCUGGCUCCCACGGCCUCGAGCCACCCACGGGCAUGAGGAGGAAGGAAGCCACAGUGCUCCUGGCUGCCAACUUCACUGCCAACAACAGGAGCAACAAGGGCGCGAUGGGCAACUGCGUCACCACCAUGGUGCACAACAACUACUCCACUGCUGAGAAGGGCCCUGCUCCCAAGAGCUCCAACCAGGCUCCCAGUUCCCUCAACAAUGUCGUCAAAGCGGCCUCGAACGAGGACGGGGAAGGCAGCAGCAGCCUUGUGAAGUCUCAGAAGAAUUUCUCCAGCAACAACAUCAUGACCCACAACAACAACAGCAGCAGCAGCAGCAGCGUUCCCCGGAGGAGGGAGGUGACCGAGGAGGAGGCUGAGAGGUUCAUCCAGCAGGUGAACAUGGCUGCUGUCACCAUCCAGCGCUGGUACCGGCGCCGCUCGCAGCGGCACAGGACGGCGGCUGCGGCUCUGGGACGCCUGAUGGCUGCCAAGAGAGAGGAAAGGCAGCAGCGGAUGGAGGAGGGGAAUAUCCUGGAUUUGCAGGAGAGGAAGGAGGACGAGCGCAGGAAGAUCCGAGAGGAGAAGGCACGGCUGGCCCGGCACGCUGCCAUCCAGGAGCUGCAGCAGAAAAGGGCCCAGAAGGCCUCGGAGACGAAGCGCUCGGCAGAGGAGCAGGUGCUGGUGAAGGAGAGCAGGAGGGUGCCCAAGAAGAAGCCUGGUGCCAAACCUGCCUCAGCCAGGAAUGCCAGCCCAGCCAGCAGCCUCACCAAAGCCAACAACGCCGAGGCCAAUUCCCCCUCAGCAGCCUCGGAGCUGGAAGGAAGCAGCCUGGGAGCUCCUGGCUCUGUGCCCUUGCAGGACCCUGGGGCAGAGGACAAACUGCAGGAUGUGAGCUCCAGGGAGACAGGUAACGAGGACCUGGAGACAGCAGUGGCUGUUGGCAGCAGGGCUCCAUCCAAGGUCACUCUCAACGAGCUGCUGGACACGCUCAGGCUGCUGGAGGAGGAGCCAGAGCUGCUGCCCCCACCCAAGCUCCUCAAGAAGGACAGAUAUGCCUGGAUGGACAGGCAGGAGCCCAGCUCCAACUCCCUGACUGCUGAUAACUUGGAGAAGUUUGGGAAGCUGAACCACCCUCCAGGGGUCCCUGAGGACGGGGCUCUGCUCUCAGAGGCCAAGCUCCAAAGCAUCAUCAGUUUCCUGGAUGAGAUGGAGAAGUCGGAGCAGGAGAGGCCCAGGUCAGCUGCCUCAGCCACGCAGAGGGAGAGCUUCCUGUUGGACGAGGAGCUGGCUCACGUGGAGCAGGUGUCAGCGGUUGCCACGGAGGUGACAAGCUCCAUGAUGAGGCUGAAGCUGGAGGUGGAGGAGAAGAAGAGAGCCAUCAGCCUGCUGCAGACUGCUCUGACCCAGCAGAGAGAACUGACCGACCGCCACGUCAAACAGACCGAGAAGGAGCUCAGCCAGCAGCUCAGGCUGCAGAGGGAGCAGUAUGAGGCAGCCAUCCAGAGGCACCUGGCCUUCAUUGACCAGCUCCUCGAUGACAAGAAGGUGCUGAGUGAGAAGUGUGAGGCCGUGGUGGCAGAGCUCAAACAAGUGGACCAAAAGUAUGGCCAGAAGAUCAACCAGAUGCAGGAGCAGCACGAGCUGGUCUGGCGCACUUUGGGCCCCUUUUGUGAGGAGAUUAAGAAACUGAAGGAACUCAUGAGCGCAACUGAGAAAGUCCGGCGGGAGAAGUGGAUCGAGGAGAAAACCAAAAAGAUCAAAGAAAUCACCGUGAAAGGGCUGGAGCCGGAGAUCCAGAAGCUGCUGGCCAAGCACCGUGAGGACAUCCGGCAGCUGAAGCUGCUGCACGAGGCCGAGCUGCUGCAGUCGGACGAGCGGGCGGCGCUGCACUACGGGCGGCAGGCGCAGGAGCUGCGGGGGCUGCUCGAGAGGGAGAAGGAGGAGCAGAGCCAGCGGGAGCGCGAGCGGGCCCGCCAGAGGUGUGAGCAGCAGCUGGAGCAGGAGGAGCAGGCGCUGGAGCUGCAGCGGCGCCGCCUCUAUGCCGAGGUGGCCGAGGAGAAGGAGCGGCUGAGCCAGCAAGCAGCCAGGCAGCGGGCAGAGGCAGAGGAGCUGCGGCGGCAGCUGGAGGCCAACAGCUCAGCCCUGACCCGGGCACUGCGGGACGAGUACGCCAAGGAGAAGGAGGAGCAGGAGAGGCGGCACCAGGCAGAGCUGAAGGUGCUGAAGGAGCAGCUGGAGCUGGAGAAGCAAGCCUGGGAGGCCAACUACGUGAAGAAGGAGGAAGCCUGGCUGCUGUCCCGGGAGCGGGAGCUGCGGGAGGAGAUGAGGAAGGAGAGGGACAAAGAGAUCGAGCUGGUGAUCCAGCGCCUGGAGGCCGACACAUCCUUGGCCAAGGAGGAGUGCGAGAGGGCAGCGGAGAGCAGGAUCAAGAGGAUCCGGGACAAGUACGAGGUGGAGCUGCAGGAGCUGGAGCACUCGGAGAGGAAGCUGCAGGAGCGCUGCAACGAGCUCAAGGGGCGGCUGGCCGAGCUGGAGGGGGAGAGCACGCGGCUGCAGGGGCUGCUGAAGCACAAGGAGCAGGAGCUGGAGGAGAUGCGCAAGGUGAGCCCGGAGCACAGCCGGGGCCGGGCCUGGGUGAGUGGGGCAGCUGUCCCAGGGCACAGGGGCCUGACUGAGGGGAUCUGGCAGGAAUUUGCGGACAGACUGGUGGGGAUGGAGGAGGAGAACGCGCGGCUGAAGGCAGAGAUGGCGGAGCUGAGGGCCCGGCAGCACCUGGAGCUGGACAGGCUGCUGAGGGAGAAGGACCAGGAGCUGGAGGAGGUGCACAGGAGGGUGAAGGCAGCAGUGCUGAGGAAGGAGGAGAGCAUGAGCAGCCUGCGGAAGCAGUAUGAGGCGGCCGUGCAGAGAGCCAGCCUGCUGGAAUCGCUGCUGCAGCGGCAGCGGGAGCUGGCAGCCGAGUGACAGUGACAUCCUGCGGGCAGGGAGCGGGGCCGGGCCGGGCUCGGGCCCUCCCCUCCCUCCUCCCCUCUUCUCCACAGCCUGCUCCCAGUGCCCUGGCCGUGCUGGGACACUCGGUGCCCUUUGGAUUGGUGGGAGUUUUGUUGUGAUAAUAAA